AUGCCCUGUCCGGAGUGUUUCCGCGGCUUUGUUCAUACUUACGCUGAGCCCACCGGUAAAAUGGAGACCAUACACGGCAUCCGGACCUAUGUCGCCGGUGGAUCCGACCCAUCGCGGAGCAAGUCAGCAAUCAUCUACCUCACCGAUGCGUUUGCUCUGAGGCUGGUCAAUAACAAGCUACUAGCGGACAAGUACGCUUCUUCGACAGGUUGUCGCGUGCUGAUUCCGGAAGUUGUCUACAACGGCGGCCUCGACCCUUCCUUGAUGCCUCAGAUGGAGGUUGCUAUGGGGUCGCUCGAGCGGUGGAGCGUCGAUAGCGUGCUGCAUAAAGCAUACGCUACCAUCUGCCUUCUCCCGAAGGUCCUCUCUUUCUUACUUCUGGGUCACCCUGCAAAGGCUUAUCCAAAAAUCUUACAAUAUGCACGAGCUGUGAGAAGAGAUUUACCCGCAGGCGGCAAGCUGGGGGUCGCCGGUUUUUGCUGGGGUGGAUGGGGGUCGACAAAGCUGUGUACCGAAGCGAAUAUCGAAGGGGGAACAGAGAGAUUGAUUGACGCACAAUUUAACGGGCACCCAAGCUACAUGCUUCCCACGCCGAAUAUGUUCAUAGAAGCGAUCCAGAAAUUCAAUGUGCCCUACUCCAGUGCGAUUGCAGAUGUCGACUUCGAGUUCAACGGCGCAGUCGCUGCAAAGACCGAAGCGAUGCUCAGGAACAAACUUGGAGAAAGAUACAGGUAUGAAUUUCGAGUGUACGAGGGAUGCAACCACGGCUUUUGCAUCAGAGCGAAAGAGGACGCAGCCAAUAAGGAGGGGUACGAGGCUGCAGCGAAACAGGCCACUACGUGGUUUAGUCAGCAUUUAAACUCAGAACUUCGUACUUAA